GCAGGAACAGAAAACAGACCAUAUGUUUAAGUCUUAACGUGAACAGACCUCAUGUUAUGAUGUUAUCCUUCCACCAUAUGAUAGUCUAACAAUCGAUACAUAUAUGUUUACGUACAUACAUCAAUUGAAGUCUAAAUCCAUUCGAAUUGAUAUGUGAAUUCAAACUGUGUCCAAACUAGUUCAAAAACGAGCUCGUACGAAACAUACGAGAAUUAUGAGCUUUUUGUUUAAUUUAGUGAAAAGCGCGUUUCUCGGAAUGUUGCGAUUAUUUUGGUUUGGCAAGCAGAAGAUGUCUAAUUCUUUAAGCAUAUACAUUAAAACGAACACAGGCAAUACUCUGUCCGUCGAGUUGGAUCCUAAAUGGGACAUAAAAAAUCUAAAGGAGAUCGUUGCGCCUCGGAUGGGGAUAGCGCCGGAAGACAUUAAAAUUAUAUUUGCAGGUAAAGAACUGCACGAUUCAAUAAUAAUAGAGGAGUGUGAUUUAGGACAACAGAGCAUUUUACAUGCAGUACGAACGCCCCAUAAAAUGCAAGAUAAAAGGAGAGCAAACGUAAGUCUUAUAGAGGAAUCUACAUCAGAGACAUCCAAUUUGAAUGACAGUGGUAGCAAACCUAUGAAUGAGACACUUAUGGAUUUACCCUUGGAUGAAUCAGAUCAACAAAAUUUAUCCUCUGAAGAGCAGCAGGAAAGUCGAGCACAUUUUUACGUAUACUGUUCGGCUCCCUGUAAAGAUGUGACUGCAGGUAAAUUAAGGGUCAAAUGUGCAAGAUGCGGUAGUGGUGCUGUAACUGUUGAUAGAGAUCCUCAAUGUUGGCCAGAUGUGUUGCAACCAAGGAGAAUAUCCGUACAUUGCGAAAGUGAUUUUUGUCCUGUAACUUCAAAUAUGUUUAGUGAUGAAACAGAGAGUCAGAUUAAUUAUGCUCAUUUUUAUUUUAAAUGUGCUAAGCAUCCCAGUUUAGGGGAAAAUGAUGAAGCUGUACCUCUUUAUCUCAUAAAGCCAAACUUGAAGAAUAUUCCUUGUCUAGCCUGCACCGAUAUCAGAGAUACUGUACUGGUAUUUCCAUGCGAGGCUGGUCAUGUGACUUGUCUUGACUGCUUUCGUGAAUAUUGCACGAUUCGUUUACACGAGCGACAAUUUGAAUUUGAUACUACCGAGGGAUAUUAUACAUUGUCUUGCCCUGCUGGAUGUCCCAAUUCUUUUAUCCAUCAAAUUCAUCAUUUUCAUCUCCUUAACAUGGAACAGUAUGAAAGAUAUCAGAGAUUUAGUACGGAAGAAUAUGUUUUACGUGCUGGUGGUCUUUUAUGUCCACAACCAAAUUGCGGGAUGGGUAUUAUACCACCUUCUACAGAAGAUGAUACAGAAUGCCGGAAAAUUCAAUGCAUCGGUGGAUGUGGCUAUGUUUUUUGCAGAAUAUGUUUACAAGGUUAUCACGUAGGAGAAUGUGAAUCACAAACAUCGGAAACAUCCACAAGUGUUUUUUCUUCUAGAAAUUAUUCAGUAGAUCUCUCAAAAGCUGACGAAGCUAAAUGGGAAGAAGCUAGCAAAAAAACGAUACAGAUAUCUACGAAACCUUGUCCUAAAUGCAGAACUCCUACUGAAAGAGAUGGGGGUUGCAUGCACAUGGUAUGCACAAGAGCAAGAUGUGGCUAUCAUUGGUGUUGGCUAUGUCAAACAGAAUGGACUAGAGAAUGCAUGGGUAAUCAUUGGUUUGGAUAAGGAUUUUGGAAGAAAAAAAUCAUAUAUCAGUUUGAUUUUAUUAUGUGUAACAAUCUAUAAGCUCUGUAUAUAUGAACAUUGUAUUGAUUACGUUUACAUAAUUCGAUUUACGCUGAAGUUAUAACAUCGAUGUGGCCAAUCACAGUUAUUCUAUUCUGUAGAGAAAUAACUAUGAUUGGCCAGUUUCAUAAUAUGGUAUUAUAACUUUGGUAAAUUGAGUCGUGUAAACGUAGUCGUAUAGUAGAAAGAGAAAAAUUUUUUGUUAUAUAGUAAUACUUAUUGAAUAUUUUCAUAUUAUAUGGUUUAAAUAUUUGCUAUAAAGAAGGUAAUUACACAGUUUAGCCUCCCGCACCUAAAAAAAUGAGAUUAGACUUUGAUGCGUUUUUACAUACAAUUGAAAAAUCUGACAGAAAAACAAGGAUGAAAUGAUUCUAUGAGGGGUUGCAUACAAUCAAAGGAAUAAAGAACAGAGAAUAAGAAUUUCAGCUGAUAUGAAUAUCAGCAGAUAUUCAGAAUCGAUUCUUGUAUUUAAAAUUGUUUUGUUCAAAAUUGUAAAUAGUCUUAAAAAGAUCCUAAAGUGAAACCCAAACUCUGACGAAGUCACUAGACAGAGAUUUUUCCAUUGUUUUUCCAGCUUUAUAUAUAAAUAUCUCAUGCAAUCUAUGAUACACACAGUCGCACAUUUGUAUUAAUUUUCAUAUAACAAAUUCGUCACUCGUUAAAGUGUCUAAGUCUAAUUCUAAGAACUCGACGUUAUUUGUUCAUGCAAACUACAUGUCUGUGGAUUAUUUCCUAAGUACAGAUUGCAAAACUUUCGUACCACGACAUAUGUUGACAGUUCGAGACGCCAUGUUACACUAAGAAAUGGUAAAAAAUAUAUGAAUUUCGAAAUU